AUGGGCGCACGGCCCCGGGGGGAUUUUAUUAUCCCGGUUUUCGUGGGAGGAUCUCCCGAGAGAUUGUCCACCCCGCUGGGCCAGGGCAGGGUGAACCAGCUCGGAGGGGUUUUUAUCAACGGGCGUCCUCUUCCCAACCACAUCCGUCACAAAAUCGUGGAGAUGGCUCACCACGGGAUCCGGCCCUGCGUGAUCUCCCGGCAGCUCCGGGUCUCCCACGGCUGCGUUUCCAAAAUCCUCUGCCGCUACCAAGAGACGGGAUCCAUCCGGCCCGGCGCCAUCGGAGGCAGCAAACCCAGGCAGGUCGCGACUCCCGACGUGGAGAAGAAAAUCGAGGAAUACAAGCGGGAGAAUCCCGGGAUGUUCAGCUGGGAAAUCCGGGACCGGCUGCUCAAGGACGGGCACUGCGACCGCAGCACGGUGCCCUCAGUGAGUUCGAUUAGCCGCGUGCUCCGCAUCAAAUUCGGCAAGAAGGAGGAGGACGAGGACUGCGACAAGAAGGAGGAGGACGGCGACAAGAAAGCCAAGCACAGCAUCGACGGCAUCCUGGGCGACAAAGUUUUGGGAAAGCGCCUCUCCAACCCUCUGGAAUCACCCCCGGGGGGCUCUCGGGCCGGGGGGUGCGGCUGA